GAAGCAGUGCUCCUGUCCAGCCCACAGAGGCUCGGAUGAGGAAGUAUCAACACUGAUACGUUCGGUGAAUAGGACAGCUAUUUAAAAAUAGAUUUCCCCUCGGCAGCCAUGAAGCUUCGACUGCACUUUGUGGUGGACCCGAUGGGCUGGCUUUGUAUCAGCGUGGUGUUUGGGAUCUGGCUCUACAACACUUUCUUCAUUCCUAAACUGGUUCUACUUCCACACUACAAUGAGGGACACAUCCCUUGGGCUAUAGUUGUUUGUUAUUACAUAGCAUCAGCUCUCUGCAUAGCGGCCCUCGUUAGAGCUUCCACAGCAGAUCCAGGCCGUCUUCCUGUGGACCCCAAAAUACCUCACUCUGAGCGAGAGCACUGGGAGUUGUGCAAUAAAUGUAACUUAAUGAGGCCUAAGAGGUCCCACCACUGCAGUCGCUGUGGCCAUUGUGUACGCAGAAUGGACCACCACUGUCCUUGGAUCAAUAACUGCGUGGGAGAAGACAACCACUGGCUCUUCCUGCAGCUCUGUUUCUACGCUCAGGUCCUCAGUUUGUUCACCCUGGUGCUGGACUUCUGCCAGUACUAUUACUUCCAGCCGCUAACAGGACUAGAUCAGGAGAAGUUUACAACACGCCAUGAGCUGGCUCUGCUGCGAGUCUCAGCUCUCAUGGGUUUGGUCAUGUUUGGAGGCAUGACUAGCUUGUUUUACACUCAGAUGACGGGAAUCCUCUCUGAUACUACCACUAUUGAGAAAAUGGCUCAGUUCUCAAAUGAAAUAUUUGGCUCAAAGAGAUCUUGGCAGUGGGCGCUCGCUGAGGUCUGUGGCACUCGCUGGAAAAUCCUCUGGCUCAUACCACUACGAAGCAGGCAGCCGCUCCAAGCCAGCCACCACUUCCGCACCCACGUGUAGGUCUUUACCACUAUAGUGCCUCCUACCUGCACAGAUGGUAGGAGCUGCCAUGAUGAAACACUGCAUACACACUUAUGAAUCCAUCUGCUUGCCUUCACCGUCCUGUUUUUUUCUCGCUCUUGGAGUUUGGCAGCAGUUUUGGUUUGUCAUUGGAUACUCAAAGCUUUUUAAUUUUUUUUAAUUAUUAUUUUUAUUUUGCCUUUCUUCACAAGACAAAGACUGGCAGUAAACAAAGGUAGAAAAAAACACCUAAGGAUGUGAUGGGAAAUGCUUUUAUACUCACUGUGACUACCACUUUCAACGUUUUGGAAACCACUUUUCAUGGCUUAUUGCCUCAGAAGGAUGGACAUCUUCACCUUAGGAAAGAAGCUGGCUAAAGGGACCCCCUCUCAGGUUACUUCAAUAAAGAGCCUUUACUACUGACCUUUAACCAACUACAGACAGAACUACUCCAGUGUCUUUUAGAAAGGCAGUUUUGUUUGUAUAAAGUUUGUGCCUUUUUUCUUUAAGUAUGUCUUUUUAAUUUGUCGUGGUGUCAUGUUUUCUAGUUGAAAUUACAUGGGAAUCGUGAGGGGAUCUGGCAUCAACUGCAUUCCUUUAAUUUGUGAUGAUUUAUGAAUGUUUUUUGCAUUAAUUUAUGGACAAAAUAUUGAUGAAUUGAUGUUUUAUAAAGCAUGUCCACGGAACAAAGUGUAUAACUUGAUUAAUAUUGAUAGCAGAAGCUUUUAUGCCGGUAUGAAGAUGUGUUAUAGCAACAGACAGUUUAAAAACCCAAACCCAACACUGAACCAAGUUUAUACUUUCAGGAUAAGGUUGUGUAUAUAUAAUAGUCAAAUCUGCUGUACAAUCGCGGUAUUUUUUGUUUUGUGAAGUAUCUUCAUGAAGGUAUUUAAGAGUCACAUUCUGUCCUUAAAGGAUAUAGCAGGGUAGUGUUCCUUUAAACAUGAAAGUGUGACAUUUUGGGAAAUGCAAUAUACAUUUAUGAUCAGAUUUUGGUAUGAUAUGCUACAUUAGGCUGCUUUUUUAUAGUAUGUCACAUUGAAUAGCAUCCACUUAAGGAAACUUGUCUUAGACUCCUAUUGCAGUGCCUAUGAAAAAUAUUAACCCGCUUGGAUUUUUUACUCAUUUAUUGAUUUUAUAAAUCAAUCAAGGUUGAUAUAACUUUGUUUUUGACAGAAAAAAAUGAAAAAAAAAUCUUUGACAGAUUACUACAAUGUAAUGUCAAUUAACUAAAAAGAAAAAUAAUGUAAAACUGAUGAUGGUGUAAAUAUUGAACCACUUCAAGUUAGUAUUUUGUAGAUGCAACAUAUUUGCCUAUAUUUUUCCACAUUCAUUUUACCAUCUACCUUAAAAGCCUUCCAGGGCCAGCUGCUAAGACGCAUUCCCACAACAUGAUGCUGCCACUACUGUGAUUUAUAGUGGGGAUGGUGUGUUUCAUAAAAUCAACAAAUGGGUAAAACAUCCAAGGGAUUGCCUAUUUUUUAUUGGCACUACCUCCUACUUAGUUGUAUUGAUAAAUAAAUAAUUAUAAAAGCAAAUAACAAUCCAGAUGUAAACAGAGAAGCACAUACCAAGUAAGAUCUCAGCUAGUUUGCUGUAUGCUUAAUGGAAAGCCAGCUAGCUGGAAGGUAAUAAGUUUAGCAUAGCAGACAUAAGACCCUCAAAACACAACACAUCUUUUUACACUUCAGUUUUUUACAGAUUGAGCUAGCUGUAACAUAUUUAUAAGGUAGCUUUUUGGUGGAAUUUGUUACCUUUGGACAAUACUAGUGUAGCUGCUACCUGUUUCCAGCUCUAAUUCUAAGCUAGCCUUUUUAUUAACCAUACAGACUUAUACGUUAUACUUUUUCCAGUUAUAACUAAGACAAGUAAUACAAUUUGUUUUUUUGUCUAAAAUGAUAAUCAUUUUCUAAAUUAGCCUGUCUAGCUUAAGUUAGCUUUGUCAAUCACAUCACUUUCUUUUAAAAAGUUCCUGAAAAAUAUUUAUGAGGUUUAUUCAUAUAGUUGUAGUGCUGCAACUGUUACAGUUAAGCCCUUAAUAUGUCUGAACAACUGGUUUUACAAAUGUUUACUCGUUAUUAAUUGAUGUGUGGUGACACGGCUAACUUACACCGAUUAUUUAUGCUGGUUUUGACUGUAACCCCGUGGUUCUGUUAUUUUACUGAAUUCUGAACCAGAAACUUUAGAAAAAGACAAGUCGGUGCAUGCUAAUAUCAGCAUACAGAUGUGGUGGUCGUUGUCUAUAAUACUCGACAAUCCCACAGCCAUACUUGUAAGCAAACAAGGCUUGCCAUGGUGGAAAUGUUUUAAUAUCUGAGUAGUUUUAAGUGCCUUUUCUAGGUCUUCAUUUUAAUAUCACAGUACAUUACCAUUAUGUUGGUCUCCAUGAAGCCAAAGACCUGGGGAAUUGUUGCAAUAGUCAGCAGGCAUCGAGUAAGUGCAUGUUUCUCACGAAAUUUUUCAAGGUAGCGGUUCAAUAUUAUGCACUGAAUUUCACAUUGGCACACAGUCUGUUUCACUGCAUUUGUGCACUUAUUUAUUUUAUGUGAUUCUUUUGUUGCAACCUUAUCUUUAAUCAGAUUGUUUGUAGUUGCAUGUGUGUGUGUGUGUGUGUUCAUAAUUGCUCAGUGGUUUUUAUAACUCUGAUUCAGGUUUUUGGACUGUUCGUUUGAAUCAUUAUGGUGUUUAGGUGGGCAGAUGUGUGUGACUGGUGUGAAAGACAAUGGUACUGAUAGAUUACAUUAAUUACUUUUUCUUUUUGACAUGUAUGUUAUGAAAGCAAUAAGCAUUGUGUGUCAGUAAAGUCAUCCUUAUUGUGACAACAGUGGUGGUAAUCUGAUGCAUAUUGUGAGUUUAGGUUAACAUUUCUACAGCUGCUGUGUAUAGUUUGACAAUGUAACAUACAGCCUCAACAUGUUCACCACAAACACAGUAACACAAAAGUUUGAAUCAAGAGCUGCAGGACACUAAAGAUGUAAGCAUAUUAAGGAUGAAUGCUAGCUUACUUUCCUUGUUAGCAGACAUCUGGUGUCCCCCAAGGCUCUCAGUUUGGUCCUCUGCGUUUUUUUGUUGAACAUUGUUUAUUUGCUGUGUUUGUAAUAUUUUCAAGCCUUAUGUUGUUCAAUUCAGACCUCAAACACUGGAACGGUUCAAUUUUGUGGAUUAAAUUAAUAUAUCAUAUACAUCUUAUCCAUUUCUCUCUGUCUAUAAAGCCUAUGAAAA